CGUCAUGGACUCCGGAGGAGCCGAACGCCUCGGCGGCGGCCCGGCCACACAGCCGCCAUUGGCGCACGUCGCCCCCUCGCUCUUUCUCGGGAACGCACGCACUGCAGCAGCGUCUGAGCUGCUGGCGUGCGCGGGCGUCACCCUGUGCGUUAACGUCUCGCGCCAGCAGCCCGGGCCGCGCGCUCCCGGCGUGGCCGAGCUGCGCGUGCCCGUGUUCGACGACCCAGCCGAGGACCUGCUGGCCCACCUGGAUUUGCAGACCGUGAAGAGCGCCCGCCCCGUGGCCGAGCCCAACCCUGGCUUCUGGUCCCAGCUCCAGAAGUACGAGGAGGGCCUGCAGUCCCGGUCCCGCCUGACCCGGGAGCCCUCCACACAGUGAGCCCUGAUUGGUCAGCCCAACCCCCAAGCCAGACUGGGAGUUUCCUGGGAUGGUGUAAUCCAAGCAUGUCAAACUCAGGGCCUCAGACUGCAUACAGCCCACAACUAAUAUUUUUGCGGCCCAGCCAAUGUAA